AUGCAGACAACCAGAGCCAACCUCCUACUGACGGCUACAACUCUGAUGGUUGCUGCCACAGUUCAAGCCAAGACAGUCAUCUUCUUCCCUCCCCCAACCACCAGUUACGUGGUCUACCACUCAGGUGUGGCUGCCGCAGUGGCCAGCCUAGGCCACCAGGUGUGGCUGUGCCUGCCACACUUCAUGGUAGAACGAAACUUGGUCAAAGACAAAUCCGUCCACAUUCUGGAGUACGGACAACACCUGGGCAACCUGGAAUACCAGAUCUAUACCAGGACUAGGAUCGUGGACAAAUUCUGGGAGGGACAAACUCCCCGAGAAAUGGAAGCACUGUACGAUGUGAGCACUGUGGUGACUGAAAUAGCUAGUGACAUCCUUUCAGACAAGAAGUUUGUGGACCAAGUCAGGAACCUCAAGGCUGACCUGUUUGUGCUGGAGUCCAUACCAUUCAACAUGAACAUGAUCAUUCUUCCGUACGCCUUAGACAUUCCUUAUGCUCUCAUCGGAACAAUCCACGAUGUUGUGUUGUCCAAGGUUCCCUUCAGCCCGGCUACAACACCAUUCCCCGUCUACAGAUUCAGCGACCGAAUGACAUUCCUGCAGAGAGUCACGUCAACCAUCUACUACCUGAUGCGUAUCAAUUUCGACCUCUUCUACGACAGCAGCCUGGUGUCCAAGUUUGCCCCACACAAACCCUACAAGUCCAUCAAUGACCUGGCUGCCAACGCUGAGAUUUUCAUUGCAGAAGUUGACCACAUACUGGACUACCCACGGACUAUGCUGCCCAACACAAAACUGAUUGGUGGAUCUUCUGCUUCUCCUGCAAAACCAUUGGUUGGGGAGUUCCAGAAGUUUGUGGAUGAAGCCACGUCCGGCAUUAUCGUCAUGUCUUUUGGAGGUUCAGUUGUUAACUUGGCUCCAUACAUCUCAAACAAGAUGGUUUCUGCUUUCAAACAACUGGAUCUCAGAGUGGUGUGGAAGAUAAACAUGACCUCGCCUGAUCCCAAACAAAUCAUGACCUCCUUGUGGAUCCCACAGAAUGAUCUUCUGGGACACCAGAAAGCCAAACUGUUUGUGUCCCACUGUGGCAAGAACGGACAGUACGAGGCCCUCUACCACGGGGUGCCCAUUCUCUGUCUGCCCAUAUAUGGAGAUCAAGGUUACAACUCAGAAAGAGUCCGGGUAAAACAGCUUGGACUGUACACCGACAUGCGUGAAGCCAGUGCAGAUGAACUGGCAGCCAUGAUGAAAGAAAUCAUAUAUGGGGGAAAAUACGCAGAAAACAUGAAGAAAGCUUCCCGCCUUUACAGAGAGUUGUACAAAGUUCCCAAACAUGAAGCCGCAUAUUGGCUGGACCACGUGAUGACAUACGGUGGUGCCUACAUGAGAUCUGCGGGUCAACAGAUGCCCUGGUACCAGCUCUAUGUCCUUGAUGUUGUAGCCUUUCUCCUGGCAAUAGCACUCUCUGUCUUACUGUGCACAGCUGCCAUUGCCAGGAAGUGCUACCAGAUCUACAGGGGCAGCUCCACAGGGAAGAAGACGAAGCACCAAUGA